AUGGAUAUGGUUGAUUAUUUUAAUUUGGCACUUGAACAAAUGUAUGUGAAGACUGCCUUCUUAAAUGCAGAUAUGUAUGAAGAUGUCUACAUAACUCAACCUGUUGUUUUUGAGGAGCAUGGUAGAUACUUUAGUGAUCCUGGACUUAGCCAUUGGAAAGUAGCUAAGAAGGUCAUGUGUUAUCUUCAAGGUACCAAGAAUCAUAUGUUGAGUUAUCAGCAAGCUGACACUCUUUAUAUAGUUGGAUUUAGUGAUGUCGAUAAUGUAGGGUGCAUAGAUGAUAAGAAAUCCACAUCAGGCUACAUUUUUAUGAUGGUUGGAGGAGUUAUUUUAUGGAAAAGUGUCAAGAAAACACUCACAACAUCCUCAAUAAUGGAGGUAGAGUAUAUGGCGUGCUAUGAGGCUACUUGUCAAGCAAUAUCGCUGUGA